UUACGAUUCCAUUUAAUUAUAGUUGAUAUGCCCAAAUUACCCUUAACGAGACAAUUAAAAAAACAUAAAAGAAAAAGCAAAAUCACGUAAGAUGAAUGAUCAGAUGAAGGACACCUGCAAUACAAAUCAAUCCCAAUUCCGUCUCAAGCCCUUCUUCCCGUCUACUGUUGCACACCAGAAAUCGCUGCCCAGCGCCAACAGCAACAACCAUCAUCAGGAAUCCGAGAAGGUUGUUGAUUUUUAUUCAAGUAGAAAAGCUUGUUGGAAGCCGAUUGAAGAUCAGAAGGCGGAAAUUCCUGAUGUUGAUGGUGGCUCCGGUGUCAAUUGAAGAUCAAUAGACGAUAAGAAUUGGAGACAAGAAGAAGGGUUGGGGAAGUAAUGGAAGAGAUCAUCGAUUCAGAUUUCUCUUUUUUUCUCUUUUGUUUACGUGAUCUUUUCUCUUUUUUUCUUUCUUUUCUUUUUGUUUUUUAUUUUUCAAUUAGAUAAUAAGGGUAUAUUAGGGAUAUCAAUAAAAUUAAAUGAGACGGAAGAAUGGUGACAAAUGUCAAAAUUUGAAUUGAUAGGAAGAUUUGUAGGUAUAAAAGAAAGAAGAC